CCAACCACCAGCAGCCAGCCAGCCAGCCAGCCAGCCAACCAGCCAGCCAACCAACCAGCCAGCCAAAUAGCCAGCCAACCCAAACCAGCCAGCCAACCAACCAGCCAGCCAGCACCCAAUAGCCAGCAACAAGCCACCAACCAUCCACCAACCAACCAGUCAGCCAGCCAUCCAGCCAGCCAAACAGCCAGCCAACCAACCAGCCAGCCA